AUGUCACGUCACCGUGAUGUUCUAAAUUUCAAGGCGUCUACGAUACGUUACUUGCACGGUCGUUGUCUCCGUUUAGAGAGCUGUCGUAAAGCUCUCGUCUGGCAGAAGCGGUACUUGCAGCGAGUUUUGGCUGGGUACACAGAGUUUGAGAAGAACCUCCGACCGCCUGCGUUGAGAGCGCCUGAAGUUAGCAAGGGAAAGAAGCGAUUCAAAUGCGUGGCGAUGGUGGCGGUGGCGAUGGUCCGCAUGGCGUUCCUGGUGCGGCGCCGGCACCACGUACGGACGCUGGCCGCGCGCUCGCUGCUGCCUGCCGCUAGCAGUGAGUACGGCGGCAACACGCCCCCGGAGGGCCGCACGCACGUCCCCGCGGGGGGGCCGCGCGCGCCCUCCGACACGCUGGCGCGGAGAGUGCUCAAACAUGAGAUGCGCCUCAACCUGCCCGCCUCGCCUGGACUGGGAGACUUCGUCAGAAGAUCGCCGUACACUGCAAACUCACCACAAAACGAUCCAUUCAUACUCAGUUCCCCGCGCGGCGAGGUAGCGGCCGCGUACCUGAACAAGUUGGAGCUAGUGAGUCGUUGCCUCAACCACGCCAUGGAAGCCUCGCGUGACGUGCCUUGACGCCGGCCGUGACGUCACGCCCGCUCCCCCCCUCGCACGUACAUGUCACGCCGUACACAGCACCGCAGUGCCACACGCCUCCCACGGAGACAAUGUCUUUUACAGACAUGUUAAGUCUCAAUUAUAUGGGUUUUAUAUCAAUUUUCACAAGUGUGAGUGAUGAAAUUGUAUUAACUGACUGUUACUAGAAAUGCAGUUAUGCACUAACGUGCUACAAACCUCGAAGUCAAUAUUUCUACCAAUUUUUUAAUGAUCUGAGAAUUAAUUUAAUUAUUUUAAUCUCAUGACAAAUUCUGCGUAACUGUUAAACGAUGACGUAUAAAGCAUUGAGUAUUGAUUGAAUAUUAUGUAAAGCAUUUAAAUUUUUCAUUGUGUACAAUGCAUUUCAUGGCCAGGUUAGCGUUAAGUAUUAGAUUAGUGCCAAAUUCAUUAGUUUAUUUGUGUUACUUAAUUUAUUGUUUAGAUAUAACGUUAUGUAUUAUGAUUCCGUUCAUUCUGGCGUGGGCAUGACUGUAUAAAGUACACGCGUCCACGUUAGAAUGGAGGAGUCAAUUCGGAGGACCUAAUUCCAUGUUUCGGUUGUUGCUACUCCGCCUAUUAGUUUCCCUCGAGUGAGUGCUAGACGGAGGAGAAGAUGCCCCUUAUCGAAUCUUGCCCGACUCAUGUUAACCGUAGUACCCCUUUUUGUAAAUAAAUAUUUAGAUGUAUGUAUUUUUGACACGAAAAUUUGACGUAUUAUUAGGGUUACUUUACUACGAAUAGAUAGAGAUAAAAUAUUAUAUUUUACUAGUACCAGCCUUUUAGUUACAUUAACGAAAAUGGCCCUCAUUAUGUAGACUAAGUAUUCCUUACCUUCCGACACAUAUGUACGGUACCUUUGUGAAUAUAAAUUUGUUGUUUUUUAUAUAAUUUAUUGUAACUAAAGCUGAACUCGUAUUUUCACAAGGCAAGUUACUUAUCUCUCGACGUUUUCUAAUACUGACUUUAUGACUUGUGUGAUAAAUGUGAUGUUAGCUUAUCAACGUUGCUUUUUCAUACUGUUAUUGUUCUGAAAAACUAGUGCCUUUGUGUAAAAUUAUGAUUGCUGCAAGGCGCUCAUAGGAAGCAGUAUUAUAAGCAACUUGUACUAGUACCACGGGCUAGGCCAGCCAGCACAACUUCAUGCCAUCUUAUAAAUAAUAAUGUUUAGCAUAAUAUUAGUGUAACGUUUGACGUAAAUCCUUAGUUAAUAAUACGAACGCACAGUACAAGCUAGUUUAAGUUAGUUGUAAGCGCGACACGAAGUCACGACCGAUACGAACGUUCCGUCUAAUUGUUUCGACAACUGUUUGUUCGCGCAACACUUCAACUUCACCUCAAUCCAAUAUACACCAUAUACUACUUUCUUCAGAUUCUCAUUUCAUUCUUAUUGUUAUAAAAAUAAAGUUCAUUUUACAAAUACAAUUAUAUUGCAUACACAUUCGUAUUUUAAAACAUUCCUUUUUUCAUAAUCAAGUGUCGCGCGGACAACAAGAAAACUGUCUAGAAUUAUUUUGUUUGAUUGUAAAACGAAUGCUAUUGUGGGUGCGUCCUCUUGACGUAUUUAUUUCUUUUUAAUGUGUCUGGUACAUUUUUUCAUAAGGAAAUUCAUAAUUAUAGUAAAUCAGUUUUAUGUAAUUUGACGUAAAACAAUAGCAUUAGUUGUAACGCUAGACAAUAUUGUGUAAGCCAAAGCAAACCGAGAGUAUUACGAAAGCUGUGUUCAUAUGCGAUUCCAAUGUAUGCGAGAGCGAGUACAUGAUAUUGUUAGGUCCACUUGUUUAUACUGCACUGUUACGAGAGUACCACUGUUACACUUGGUGGGUAAGGUGACCAGGCUGUCUCUACAUAGAAAAGCAUUUUACUUCACUUAAACAUUGAUUGUUACCAUGUUCUAAAUUAUCAAAGAUCUGAUUCUUACUAAAUCUGUUCGACUUACCCGCCAUAUGCAACAGUGUAAGCACAAACUACAUAUAAGCCACGAAUCUUCACUAAUAUAUUAAAAUAUUUUCGCAAAUUAUAAAAGUACGUGUCUACACUCAUUGCGACCAAAGAUUUAGGUAAAUUAAGUUCUAGUAUUAGUUUCAAAAUUGUUAUAUUUUAAGUUAAACUCACUGUUUAGGACCGAGACAAGCUUUACUACGUUUCACUUACAAUUUGACACCACCAAUUAUCUAGUCACACUUGGAUAUCAUCACUCGUGCCAUAUAAAAGCUCUCUACCCAGACCUCGCGCACAGUCGCGACCUGGUCCCGCGGCCGGCGGGACGUCGCUACUAUAUUUCAACCUCAACAUUAAAGUAUUUCAUGUCGAGGUUCGAGGUCGUGCGAGGCACCGUCGCGAGUCCAGGCAGCUAAUGUGUGAGAGGUCUAACUUGACAAACACAUUCUGAAGUAAAUUGAUAAUUAUGAUAAUAAAAAGUAAAUAUUUUGUAAAAAAUACAGUCGUUUCAUUUCGUUCCUGGUUUAAGUUCACACCGACACGCUUCGGUCGUGCACGGUACUACCGGGAUUGGGGGCAACGAAAAUGUUUGCU